AUGACGGCCGAAGCCGCUUCUGUGACGCCGCUUUGGCUGGACGUUGAUCCAGGCCACGAUGAUGCUUUCGCACUCCUGCUCGCCGCCCACAGCCCACACGUCCACCUUCUGGGCGUCAGCACUGUCCACGGCAACGCCUCUCUCCAUCACACAACACAGAACGGCCUGAGCAUACUGGAAGCAAUCGGCUGCCGCCACAUCCCUCUCUAUCCUGGCGCCAGCAAGCCACUCGUACGUGACGCUGUGCACGCCGCCAGCAUCCACGGCGAGUCUGGACUGGAUGGAACCACAAUCAUGCCCAAGCCCGUGCGCGAUGCCGUCCGGGAUGUCGACAGCGUCGAGGCCAUGUAUGCCGCCUUGAUCACCACCCCUCCGAAGACCGCUUGGCUCGUUGCAACCGGAACAUUGACCAAUGCGGCCCGGCUGAUUCAAGAGCAUCCUGAUUUGGCGGCCCAUCUAAAAGGCCUCAGUAUCAUGGGCGGUGCCAUAGGUGGCGGCUUCACCGAUGCCCCGCUAGGAAAAGUCGCUGGUGAAGGCGAGAGAUUCGGUAACUGGACGCCGUAUGCCGAGUUCAACAUUUACUGCGAUCCCGAAGCAGCCCAGUUCCUCCUCACCCACCCGAUCAUCGCCCCCAAGACCACCAUCAUGCCCCUCGACCUCACCCACCAGGUCCUCGGCACCCCAGCCGUGCAGAGCAAACUCCUCGGCCUCCCCGGCGGCAUCCCAGCCCGCGACUCGCCCGACAAGCCGCUCCCGACGCCCGUCCGCGCCCUCUUCCACGAAAUCAUGACCUUUUUCGCCAAGACGUACGCCGAAGAAUUCGCCCUCACCGCCGGGCCCCCCCUCCACGACCCCCUCGCCGUCGCCGCCGCCUUCGCCCCCGACAUCUUCGUCGACGGCACCGGCGACAACGGAAACGAGCGCUUCGCCGUCACCGUCGUCACCGCCGGCGAGCACCGCGCCGACCCGGCCCUCAACUUGGCCGACGCCGAGGCCGUCGGCCAGCUGGGCCGCACGCUGGUGACGAGGGUUGAAGAAGGAGAAAGAGGUGGUGGUGUCCGCAUUCCGCGGUCGUUGGACGUGGCGAGGUUUUGGGAUAUGGUUGAUGAGGCGUUGGGGAGGGCGGAGGAGGUGUCGCCGUUGCCGGGGUUGGGGGUGGGGUGGUGGGGGACGAGGAUGUAG